AUGCAUCCCAGUGCUUUCCAGCGCAAUCCGACGCCGAGAACGUUCGCGACGGUCCCGUCGACGCCUGUUCACUCCCCGGGAACGCGUCAGCCCGCCCUACCCGCCUUGCAGGCGUCGACGUCGCCUUCUCAGUCCACCGUCCAAGACCCAUCCUUCGGAACGGGCGAAGCGGGUGCGCUCCCGGCCUCUUUCGCGGACGUCACUGCGGGGCGUCGCAGCGCCUCGCCGCGCCUCGCUGAUGACCUUGGUCCCAGCGCCGCCGCUCCCUCUGGCCCGCCGGCCCCGCCUGCCCCGCCUGCCCUUGGCGCACCUAGUGACGUGACCCGCCCCGCGACUGCCCCUGUGUCGGUCCUCUCCCCUGAGGAGACCGGCUGGGUUGAAGUGAAGCGAGGUGGCCGCAAAAAGAACACAACCCGCCCGACGACCCUCCAGUUGCGCCUAGGGACUCCCCCUCGCUCCUACACGCCAUCCCCGGCGGCCCGGCCGCGGACGACCAGAGAGAGAGCUCUCAGCGAUGGAAGAAAGAGACGGCGCACCUCCCGCGAGAACGUGGACGACGGCGAACGUAUCAAGGCAGCGUAUACUAAUGUCUAUAGGACUACCUUUGAGAAUCGCGACCCGCAAGCGUUCGCGCGCGCUCGCUGUUACCUCGCGCGCGCCCAGCAAUUAGACGCGAAGCUUCUCCCUGUCCAACUCCACCAUUCGCCCGUGUGCGAUACCGCACCGUACGAACUAGGAGCUGAGUCCCUAAGUCGUUGCGUGCUCCUCGCCGCACUGAAGGAUAGGCUCCUCGCCUACUCCUGCCCCGAGCUCGGCUCCUCGUCGUCUCGUCACCUGAGCUCCUCGCUGCAGGCACGACUUACCCUCGCCGGCUACCCGCCUGCGAACGUCCACGAGGGAACGGUCCACUACCCUAUCGGUUUCUGCUAUGACCGCGCGCACUCCCGCGGCUGGUACUUCGUUUCUCGGCGACGCCUCACGGCUAUCUCGCCCCUCGUCGGCUCUCCCUUCGGGAUCAGCUUCGCCCUUCACGCAAAUCUCAGCUUCGACCCCCGAACGGACGACGCGAGGAAGAGUCGCCUCUCUAGAGGACGUAGAGGACUUGGGGGAAUCCACUCGCUGACGGCGCUACCGCCAGGGUGGAGUGUUCGGCGUUCGCCUCCUACUACCCCUUCCACCGCGGAUUGGUUUUGCCCCGUGGAAGUCAGUAACUCCGGAAUACCCGUCUUCGUCCCUCAGCCGGUUGCCACGUCUACUCCUGGGAGGUCGAACGGUCCGGCCGAUAACGCGGUCCCGAACAACCCUUCAGUCUCGGCGGACGAAGUCAUGCAAGCCGCCAAGGAGGCUGUCGACAAGGUCCAUCUCAAGGAUCUAGUGGACGAGACGGGUCGGUUCAAGAUUCACCUCCGCAAACCGGCAGAGGCUCAAGCCAUUUUCAACGACCUCAACGCGCAGGAUGCUCUAGGGAACUUCAGCACGCUAUUCGAGGAAACAAACGCCUUCAUCGCUGAAGACCUCGAUCCCCGCGACAUCGUCGACGCCGCCGAAUUCGAGCGAAAAGAAUCUCGUUACCGUAUCAAGGCUCGAGCCAUGCUGCGCAUCAAUUACGUUGUGGAGGGACUUGAGUCCUUAGUCAACCAGAUACUACGCCUGGAGAACGCCCACCGCAAAUGGAAGACUGACCAUGCCAAUUCCCUCAUGGGAGCCCUCCGAGGGUCUGCUUCGCGUGGGUUACUUUCAGAUGCCUUCCGAGUUAUUCAGUACAGAGCGGCCAAGGCGAUCACUCUGAUCCAUCAGCGGCGCGCUCUGCACGACGGAGCGAAUUACCCGGAGUCGGUCAAGUCUACCGCCUCGGACUUCAGUCAACAUAUCCGUUCUUCGAACUCCAAGCGCAUGGUCCUCGACAAGUGGCUUGACCAUCCAGACAUCUUCUCGAAUCUGACGCCCGAAUACCAAGCAGUUGUAUUGAGGCGUCUGGGAAACGCGGAAGGAAUCGAUUCGGAACUAACGAACUUGCAGAUUCCGCCUGACCAACGGUUUAAAUGGCCUCCGUCCUCUAUGCUCGUCACUCCCGUACUGGAGGAGGUGUUCGAUUUCCUCCUACCGUGGAUACGCGCCCACGCUACUCUCAUCGGUCCAGUCACGCAAACCCCGAUUUCUCACUUCCUCAAGCGGCUGAAGACGCGAGAAGAAGGGUUCAAUUCCAAGAACCUCCUCAUCCUCGAAGAGAUUCGGCAGCUCAUGAUGCUGGACCUCCCGAACCCGAACCGCGUCCUGCGGAGCGAAGAUCUUCCGCACCCUGGCCGCGAGGUCACUCGGUCGCUCUCCCGGAAUCUGCGGCCGCCCAAACAUACCUCGAACCCCGACGUUCGUCUCUCGACAGAGCUCUCCACAACGAGACGCUCCACCCCAUUUCGCUGGCCACUACUACGAGCAAACGCGUCAGUCAGCUGGCGCUGA